AGUGGAAGUUCAAGACUUCCCAGUGGAGACAUCAGUGGCAGUUAUGAGAGAAGAUAAAUAGCCCAUCACUUUCUCCACUUAAAUACAGUUUGAGCUUCAUAAAUAAUUUCAGAAACAUGCUCCUUUGGGUCAGUGAUGAAGCUGAUGAACUGCUUUGUUUUUGCCACAUGGUGGCAGAGCUGGUCACAUUAUCCAGUAACGAGAAAGGGACAUGAAAUGUUUGUGCAGGUAGUUUCAAGUUGACACAUCUAACUCCAGGAAGUGAAAAUGGAUGGAAACAGAUCCAAAUUAACCUACAGAUCUAGAAGAGAAGACACACUUUGCCUUUAAGUUACUGCAUUACACAGAAAAUGGCACAUCUUAAUAUUCAGGCUGUAUUUUUAUUAUUUCUAUUGAAGAUAGUAUCAGAAUGCAGAGGCUCCACAGAUACUGAGACUGUGUUGGCUUCUAAGGACGAGGAUGUGGCUCUACUGUGUUUAAAUUCAAAUGUGACAGAUCUAAAGAGUCACAGAGUCAGAUGGAUAAAGUAUGCUACUGCUGAGCAUUCAGAAAAAGUCAUCUUUGAGGGGCCAAAGAAAUCCCAGGGUGACGAACGUGUGACAGUGGAAGUAAAUGAAAAUGGACAGUUCCAUCUUUCUUUGAAAACCUUGCAAAAAUCUGAUGCGGGGUUUUACAGCUGCGAAAUCUGGGAAAGAUGGGAGCGCGUUCACGUCAAAAACAUAUCUUUGAAAGUAAAAGACUGCAGAGCCCUUGAAGCGGUGAAGGCUGCACCUAAAACCUUUGUUCAGCUCAACUGCCAAGUGAACAUACCAUCAGAAGUCCAAACACCUGUAAAUAUCUCCUGGGCAGUGCUAAAAGGAAACACACCUGUACCUGUCGACUCUGAGAAAGUUAAAAUGAACGGCACUUUUUUGACUUUCCCGUCUGUGACUACCAGUGACAGUGGUUGGUACAGAUGUACUCUUGGACAAACUCAGCAGUGCUCUGAGAUCAAGCUAUGUGUAGCAGAAAACGCUUGUGUGGCCACAACGGUUCCAGUUACUGCAGUUCCAACAUCUCAGCAAGCACCCAGCACCUCAGCACUGACUGUCACUGAGCGUAUGCAGAUCAACAAAAAGGAGCCAAGCAGUGGAACUUUAAUUCCAGUCGUGGUCUUAGUCGUCAUUGGGAUUCUCAUACUUGUUGCAUCCGCAGGGUUCUUCAUGUACCGCAGAUAUAAAACUCAGAAAGAAAUGCAGCAACAACCGAGACAACCUGCAGAUUCCUUCGAUGCUUAUGAGAAUUUGACUCUUCCACGUUUACAAGGGGGAAGAAAGGAUGAGUACUGUCAGCAGGUGCUGUAUCAAACUUCUUGCUUUGUCCAUCAUUUCACUGAGAACCUUUUACUUCCUGCAGAUUCUGGAAACCGAGUCAACAGUCUGUAUAGGUUACAGGAAGAAAAUCUGUGUACCUUUCAGUACUAGUUAUUUUCCGAAUAAACGUGGAAAACGAUAGAACUUUCCAUCAUCUGUACUACUUUGGAUUGUCUGAUCCGUGUCAUUCAUUCAACUGUAAAAAUGUACAACAUGUUUCCUCUUGCUGUCACUCAGUUUGUAUAAAUUAAAAUAAUCAUACAGAUUUUAUUCCAGUAAAAUGGAGAAUAUGUCACUUAUGAUGUAAUCUUUUAAUGAUUUAUUUUGUUCAGUUUAUUUACAGAUCUGUGGAAUGAUGUAUAUUCAUGGUAAAGACUGAACACAGUUCAAAUACUUUGUUUUGAAACAGAUUUCUAAAGCAGUACUUUCAGGUUAUUGAUCAUGAAGUACUUAAGUUUGAAAUGAAGACAAUGAGCAUUUUUUUUAUUUCGGUCUAGUCUACAGCCUGCAGUAAAUCAUAGAGACCGUUAGCUGUGGUGGCCGCUUCUCUUUUAGCUUGUCUCGGUUGUACUUGUACUUCCUCAUCUUCAAUGACAUCAUACACAUGAGUCUGCGAAGAAGAGUACUCAUGUUAACUCUUUUAGACGUAUCAGCUUGACACAAAUCAGCUAUAAAUGUUUUUCUUACCAUUCCAAUACUUGACUGUUCUUUUGCUGAAUAAAAAGAGGAGGGAAAACAUGAGGUGUGUGUUUUUUUUCAUCAUGUCUCUCUGAAUAUUAUAUUUAAUCUCUGCAGUUUGAAUAAACUCUCAACCAGAAUUAA